AUGUCAAAGCAGGCGCAGCUUAUGGAGGUGCUGAAGAAGGAGGUGAGAUCGCUGCUAAUGGCUGCCAAAGAGGGCUUAACCCCGAUGCAGCUGGAGCAGGAGUACAUGGCCAUGAUCGGCAAACCUCUCCCUCUACGUGACCUGGGUUUCCGAUCCACCUUGGAGCUGGUGGCAGAUAUGCCUGAAGUUGUCAGAGUCUGUCCUUACGAGAAAGGCACUUUUGUCCUCAAAGCCAUUGCAGAUGAGACCACCAAAGCAAUUGCCAAACUGGUUGCCAGACAGAGGAGAAGUACUAGGGCACGGAAGAGUGCUGCCACAAAGACAGAUGCUGUUUUUCCAUCUAAGAAUCCACAGAGUUUCCCUCGAAGGGGCAGGGCUCCCGUCCUGCCAGCAACGGUGAAGGCUGAGCUGCAGGAUCUGCUGAGUUCCUCACCGCUUCUGCUCUUGGACUUCGAUAAGGCCUUCUUCAGACGCUUUGGCCGGGCAUUCCAAUACACGCAAUAUGGAUUUUUCUCCAUGUUUGAAGUCCUCAGAAGCAUGUCUGAUAUCAUUGCGGUUGAGCAGACAAGAGCAGGUUCCUUGCUGACCCUGAAGAAGUACCUGGCAAGUGAGAUAGAGAAGCAGGAAGAGAUGCCGCGAGGUGAGGCGCAGGAAGAGAUGCCGCAAGCAAAAGAGAAGUCAGAGCCAGUGGAAACGCAAGCAGUAGAUGUGGGUGAUGGUCUCAAACAACCUCAAGAUUUGGAGCAGUCCCUACUAGACAAGCUGAUAAUGACUCCAGAAAUCCCCCCAGAUGCUGUUCAGGACAGAAGCCUUUGCAGUUUACCACCACUGGAGAGAAGAUGCUUGGUGGGAGUCUUUGUGGAAUUCAUCGUCUCUCCUACCCAGUUCUAUGUCCACAUCUGCAGCAGGGAAACGUCUGAUAAACUGCAGGAUAUGAUGAUUGAGAUGAGACACUGUUACUCAAAUAAACUUGUUUCUGAUCGUUAUAUCAUGCCUGAGUCUUCAGUACAGCCUGGACAGCUUUGCUGUGUAACGGUCUCGAAAUGGUGGUACCGCGUUAUCAUCCACCGUGUGAUCGAUGACCAAGAAGUAGAGGUGUUCUACGCAGAUUACGGAAACCUGGGAAUUGUCCGAAAGUCUUGGCUGAGAUUCCUCAAGUGGUGCUACUUGAAGCUCCCUGCUCAGGCCAUCCCAUGUUCCUUGGCAUGGGUAAAACCCGUGGAGGGUACGUGGUCCAGUGCAGCAACUCUCCUGUUCAAGAAGCUGUGUGGCUCCAAGCUGCUUGUGGGCAUCGUGGAUGAAUAUGUGAACGGCAUUUUGCAUCUCUUCCUGUGUGACACGUCCACUGAGGAGGAUGUCUACUUCCAUUGUGUCUUGAGGGAUGGGGGAUGUGCUGAGGUCUGCGGAGAGAACAUUCCUUCCCAGGGAUUCAAGGAACUGAAUCCUUCGGCCUUGUAUGUUCAGCCCAAUGAAGAGAAAAUGAAGAACAAAGACCUUCCCGGGAGUCUUGCAGUUGGCCUGUGCAGUGCCAGUGGGCUGUCUGACCAAGGGCCCUCUCAGAAGCUGUAUGUCCCUCCUACCACACUGUCUGCAGUGUUGGCAGCUGUACGCUUAGCUACUUCCAGUGACUACUUCCAGUGGCUCCCCAGCCUGAGGAAGAAGAUUGUUCCUCAGGCCUUCAGGGGCUUUGAGGGCCGCUCCGGGCCCACCGGCAAACGUGCCAGAGCACGUGUGGCUGUGUUCACGCUGCGUGCAGCCGGGCAUCCCUCCCCACGCUGCCGCAUGCGGCUCCCAGCGCCUCAGCGGGAGCUGCCUGGGAAGGAGCUGCUGUAUGAUGAGAGCAUGAAGAAGGGCAGGGAGGAUGUGAAUACAGAGAGCCGGAGCCCUAAAGGCGCCUGGGGGCUGGCUGGGUGGUCAUCAGGGUCCAACGCCUCCGUCACUGAACGUAAGUAG